CUUCAUGUGAAGGGGUGCCUACCACAAGUGAUAAGCCGGGACAAGAGAGGGUACCACCCCACACCUUGAGUUUUCAGAGUGGUCAAGCUUUAUGUGAAGAGGUGCCUACCACAAGUGAUAAGCCGGGACAAGAGAAGGCACCAUCCCACACCUUGAUUUUACAGAGCCCUCCAGCUUCAUGUGAAGACACUACCAUUACUGGUGAACAGUCCCCAGAGUCUUCAUUACCAACUUCAUCUACCCUCUCUGCUAGAGAUGAAAAGUUACUUAAAGACCUCAUGGAAUAUGUCAAUUUUAGCAGUGAUGAGGAUGAUGAUUGGAUUGAUGAAAUGGAAUUGGAUUCAGAGUUUAUUCCUUCAGAGUCAGAGGAAGAAGAGAGUACUUCUGAUGAGGAUAUAUCAUCCUCCACGUGUGUUAAAGGUGUUAAAAGAAAGAGUUAUGAAGAUGAUGUGCUUAUUUCAUCUACAACAAAUAAGGGCAUUGACAAGGAUCUUGUAGAGAAUUCUGACAGUGACGUGUCUGAAGAGAUCCCUUACCUUCCACCAUUAGGUCCAUUAUGUAACCCACAGUCCAAUGAAAAUGAUGCAUCUUCUUCAGAGUCUGAUAGUGACAUAGACAUUGUUGAGGAGGAAAUUAUCAGAGAUAUUACUUAUCCCUCAAUCUUUAUUAGAAAAAUCAUCUCUUCAAAAACAACAAAGUCUGGAAAAUUUAAAAAAUCUGACCGUGUUUACAAUACUAGACACUUCUGCCCAUUUUGUUACAAGUCAGUAUCAAAUUUCAUACAACAUUUGAAUUCAAAAGCACAUAGCAAGGAGACAGAAGUUGUUAAUCUCAAAGCCCUAGUUGGUAAAGAACGCCAGAAGAACAUCUCAAUGUUGAGAAAUAAAGGUGACCAUCUGCAAAAUGAAAAAACAAUAUCAAAGAAACGAGGGGAGAUGGUACUUGCAAGAAGAAUAGGAUCGAAUGAAAAUUUCAACAGUUUGAACUAUGGCCCAUGUCCCUUAUGCUUAGAGUGGCUUAAGUUGGAUACUUUAUACAGACACCAAAAUAAAUGUUGUGCCUUAUCAGCUGAUUCCAGCUCCUUUACCUCCAAGGGUAAUAUAAUGGUGCAGAGUGCAAUGAUUGCUGGAAGACUUAAAGAAACUGCUUGUAAGUCACUUGUCAAUGAAGUAUUCCCAAUCAUGCAGGAGGAUAAGAUUGGACAGGUAGCAAAAAAUGACAAUCUGAUUUUAGCUUUAGGAAAUCACUGGCACAAGAGAAAUAUUGGCAAUAAACUAAUGAGGAAACAUUAUGUAUCGGCUGUUAUGAGACUAACAAGUCGCCUUCUGAUUGAAACCAGAAAAAUUACACAAUCAGAGCAAAGAUUGGAGUAUUACCUUCAACCGAGAUAUUUUUCCGAGGUGGCACAUGCAGCGUUAAAAGUAGCGAAACAGGAUGAUGACAAUGACGAAAAUUUACAGGCCCCUUCAAAUGCCAUCAAACUAGGUUACCAUUUGAAGAGAUUAUGUAAUUUGAAACUGGGCUUAGCAAUUAGACAGGGAAAUGAUGACCAAAGAAGAGCAUCUAAAAACUUCUUGAAGCUUAUGGAGUUAGAAUGGUGUUCAAAACUUGCUAGAGUCAAUCUCGAAGAAAGAAGAAGAAAUAAGAAAGUUGAGCUUCCUCUACCUUCAGAUGUGAAAAAGCUUUCGGAUUACUUGAAGACAGAACUAGAAUCAUUCGACAAAGGAAACCUCACUUACGAGAAUUUCAAAAAGGGGUCGACACUGACUGAGGCAGUACUCAUCACCUAUAACCGGCGGCGUCCAGGGGAAAUUCAAGCAAUGAGGUUGGUGGAUUACCACAACAGGAAGACUGGAAUAGAUCCAGGUGUUGGAGGAGAAAUAGUGAAAUCACUGUCAGAAUUUGAAAGAAAACUUGUAGAAGAACAAGAUGUGAUUGAAAUAAGGGGAAAGUGUGGAAAAUGUGUACCAGUGAUCAUUCCAAAGUAUGUACGUGGAGUUCUGGCACAUCUAUGUAAUCAAAGUGUAAGAGCAGCUGCAGGAAUACCAAGCUCAAGUGUCUAUAUCUUUGCAACAAACAGGGCAGGUGUUGUUAGGGGAUAUGAUUCUGUACAAUUUGUGACGCAGAAUGCUGAUCUUCAAUUUCCAGAACGCAUAAGAGGAACAAACAUGAGACGUCUCAUGGCAACAUUAUGUCAGGCCUUGGAUGUGACACCUCAACAGCAAAAGUGGAUCAUCGAUCACAUGGGCCAUACUUUAGAUGUGCACAACAUUCACUAUAGAUGUACAUCAGAUAUCAUAGAGAGAUCAGAUAUUGCAAAAUUAUUAAUGCUUAUGGACAGGAAGCAGGUUGGAUACUUUAAAAACAAAAGGUUGGAAGAAAUAAGCUUGGAAGAAUUAAUUGAAGAACCAGAUGAAGCAAAUGACACUGUUGAUGAGAAUGAUGACAGAUUCUUGAACACAGAUGACGGUGAAAGGCAGGAAGAAGAAGAAUUCAUCCCAAACCUGUUGGAAGAUGAAGAGGAAGAAAUUCCAGUCAAGUCAAGGAAGAAGAAAAAGGCCAGUUUUACGAGGAAGAAAUGGACAGUAGCAGAAGAAGAAGAAAUAAAUAAGAGGUUUGCAGGUUUUCUUGCACGAGAUAAGUGUCCUGGUCAAAAAGACGUUGAGAAAGUGAUGGCCCAAAGCAAGAAAUGUGGUGGUCUACUGCAUGCACGACCAAGAGACAAUAUUAAGAAAAAAGUCAGCUGCAUGCUGGUUAAAGCUAGAAAAAAUAAUAAUGAUUUGUAAUGAUGUAAUUGAAUCAUUCCGAAAAAUACCUCAUAUUGCAUGUGAAAAGAGCUUUAAGAGUUAUUCUCUAUACCAAGGCGCUUUAAACUUAUUUGUAUUUUUUUCCAUAUUGUUAUGUUACCAAAGAUUAAGGUUAUUGUAUAUAUUCAAUUUGUUCAAGGGUUGUGUUAGAUUCUUUGUAAAAAUGAAAGAGGUAUAUCUAGACUUUUAAUUGACAAAACCAAAUGGAAGUUACAAUUCAAUAUUAUAAUUAGCAUUGAAAACGCGAUAAAAAGUUCCCAUUAUUUCAAGUACAUGUUUAAUGCGAAAAAAUAGUCAGUUUUAUGUAUUUUUGUUAAAUAAAUGAUCAGUUGUUUUGACCCAUCUUUUAGUAUGAUCACCUAUAAUUGUGACCAACUUUCACAAAUAUUAAAAACAGAGAAACUCGAAUUCUUCUUUCAGUUCAACAUGUGUGAAAAUAUAGUGAAUAUUUUUUUCACUUCUUGUUGACCAGGAAACUACUUGAUUGUUUACUUUUGCUCACUGAUUACUGUAGUUAUUAGCACUGGUGAUGAUUAUUGCACUUCCUGUUCAUUACAUAUUUUUGCUGUUUUGGUUUUGUACAUGUACAAAUGCAUCAUUUCUGAAAGAUAGUACAUGUACUAUUAAAAGUAAAAAUGGUAUUUAUUACUAGAUUUAAAAUAUUUCAUUUUAACUUUUUGACUUGCACUUACUUUUGAUAGAUAAUAUCAUUUUUUUUUAAAUUGUCUAUAUUUAGAAUAACACAACAAAAACUUGGUAGAAGGUUAUUCAAGGAAAUAGUCCGAAAUACCCUUACAUCAUGAAUAGAAUUUUUUUGAAGAACAAGACUGUGGAAUAGUUGAAAGAAAACAACAAUGCAGUAUUGCCACAUGUACAUUUUUUUCAUGUGUUCAUGACAUCCUUUUAAUGUGCUCUCUUAAAAGAUGUUAUAUCAUCUGCUAUUAACACUUUCAACAUGUUCAAAUUAUGCUACUUUUAUUGAUGUUUUGGGAAGAAAAUUUUAUCAAUAGAUUAGAACUAGAGUACACAAACAUUUUAUUCAAUAAUUGGUUAAAAUAUUAAAGAUAUGUUUAUCAUGAUGGAAAUAAUGAUUGAAAAGAGAUCAUAUUUACCAUAAAAACCUGGUUUUUGUAGAUCUUGAUAAUGUGACCUUAAAAUAUUUAAUUUUUAACUAAAGAACACUUUUUCAUUCAUAAUUAUUAAUGUUCAUUGCGCUUUCAUCAAAGGGAUGAGAAAGUGUUUUGCUCAUUAUGUUACUUGUAUGCUCGCAUGCAUAAUUUGUAGAGAUAUACAUUAAACUAUUAAAUUAUGUGAAAAUUA